CUGAAUGUUCUGGCUGCCCUACACUUCUCAGUGCAUUACUCUAGUGCUGCCAGUAUUGUUCCUUUUAUUACUUUUGGGGUCAUAAAUGACUGAUUGCCAAAUGGUUUCCUCAGAUUUCACAGCUGAUGAAAGUAUGGAGAUUGAAACCAUCAAAAUGUAUAAAAAAGACCUUCUGGAGGACAUCCAGAAGUUGAAGUUGGAGAUAGACAAUGUCAUGGCAGAAAUACUCAGCUUUGAGUCUGCAGAGGAAAGCAAAACUAUCGAGAAUAGCCAACGGUUUUUAACCGGGAAAAAGAAAUUUAACAUGGACCCAAAAAAGGGAAUCAAUUAUCUGGUGGAGAGCAAACUUCUGGAUGGACGUGCUAAAUCAAUUGCUGAGUUUCUUUACAAGGAGGAAGGACUCAACAAGACAGCCAUCGGAGAGUUCCUUGGAGAAAGGGAAGAGCUUCAUCUUCAGACCCUGAAAGCCUUUGUGGAGCUGCAUGAGUUUGCUGACCUCCAUCUGGUCUUGGCUCUCAGACAGUUUCUGUGGAGUUUCCGUCUGCCUGGUGAAGCCCAGAAAAUUGACCGAAUGAUGGAGGCCUUUGCCACACGCUACUGUGACUGCAACACUCAUGUCUUCCAGUCCACAGACACAUGCUACAUCCUGUCUUUUGCCAUCAUCAUGUUGAACACAAGCCUCCACAACCCCAACGUAAAGGACAAAACCACUCUGGAGCGAUUUAUCUCGAUGAACAGAGGCAUCAACAAUGGCGAGGAUCUACCCAAUGAUCUGCUCUCGAAACUCUACGAGAGCAUACGCAACGAGCCUUUUAAAAUCCCAGAAGAUGAUGGGAAUGACCUAACUCACACUUUUUUCAACCCUGACAGAGAAGGCUGGCUCCUUAAACUCGGAGGUCGUGUUAAAACGUGGAAGAGGCGAUGGUUUAUCCUGACAGACAACUGCCUCUACUACUUCGAGUAUACAACGGAUAAAGAACCCAGAGGCAUCAUUCCACUAGAAAAUCUCUGCGUCAGGGAAGUGUCAUACUCUCGCAAACCAUACUGUCUGGAGCUGUACAACCCCAACAGUCAUGGGCAGAAGAUCAAAGCAUGUAAAACCGAAACAGACGGCAGGGUGGUGGAGGGGAAACAUCAGUCCUACACCAUUUGUGCCUCCAGCGCUGAAGAGAGAGAUGCCUGGAUUGAGGCCAUCAGGGCAAGUAUCACCAAGGAUCCGUUCUAUGACUUGGUUUCAGUCAGGAAGAAGAAGGUGAUAAAUCAAACUCCUCAGGACUAAGCACUGCAGCAGCACAGAACUUCUACAUUGAUGCAGAACUGUUUAAUUAUAUUGGUGGUCAGCCUUCCUCCAGGCUGCUUGGAAAUACCUCGUCACGCAUUGGACAUAAGGGCACAUGCAUAAAACCACACUGACAUUGGAAACUUCUCUUUUCAUAGACCGAGUAAAGACUGUGUCAAACCAUGAAAAUAAAACCAAAUAAGUCAGUAUUAGCGUGACAAUCCAAGGAGGAUCUCUCAAGGGUUCCUUUAGUUUUGCAAUAGACUUUAGUUUUCAAAUAACUUUGUGGCAUUUUUUGUUACGCAGGUUAAAUAUUUACAGUAGUGAGAACUAUCUUUCAGGGAAUUUUGUUUAUCUGACUUUGAUAGCUCAGAGAGAUAAAUUAAGCAAGUCAUUUCUUAUCAGUUUCAUGAAGACAAUAAAAAUGUAACAAACACACUCAAUCUCAUCUUUCUCCCAGCUUUUACAACUCUGACACUGUUAAGAAAAGCAAUACCCCUUUACUAUUGUUUGACAGAGUCAAGUAAAGAUGUUUGCCUAUGAAAUGUCAGUUUAUACAGAAAUCCUGUAAAGAUUGUAAAUAAGUUUUAGAAAAUACUUUUUUUUUUUGUACUGUAAUUAUUAAAGCAAAAACAGAAAUGUCCAAAGGUUGUGCAAUACAUGUUACACAUUUUAUGUUUUGUUACAAGUUGAAUCUGUACAUUUGAAUCAUUUAUCUAUAUAUCAUAAUGUAUAUUGUCUACACUUUAUCUUUGUAACUACAGUAUUUUCUGUGUUCUGAAGAACUCAUUGUUGAAUUAAAAAUGUUCACAUAUUA